AUCAAUCCACAGAGUAAUCCAGUACCAGGUUUUGUAGCAUCCCUAUACUGCCCACUGCCUAUCGCAGCGCAGGAUGAACUAGUGGGAACAGAAACACUAUGGCUGCCAGUCUCUCCCUGACUCAGCUUUCAGGUGGGAAUCCUGUCUAUGAGAAAUACUAUCGACAGGUAGAUCCGUCCAGCAGCGGGCGUGUAGGAGCUGGUGAUGCAGCCUUAUUUUUAAAAAGAUCUGGCCUUACAGACCUGGUCCUUGGCAAGAUAUGGGACUUAGCAGAUUCAGACUGCAAAGGCUCGCUAAACAAGCAGCAAUUUUUUGUCGCCCUCCGUUUGGUGGCAUGUGCUCAGAAUGGACUUGAAGUGUCUCUUAAGAGCUUAAAUGCUGCUGUCCCUCCCCCAAAGUUUCAUGACACUAGCAGUCCUCUUCAGUUUGGCCCCGUGCCCACAGACUGUCCUUGGGCUGUCAAGGCAGAGGAGAAGCUGAAAUUCGAUGCCAUCUUCGACAGCCUCUCUCCUGUGGGCGGCAUGCUCACGGGCGAUAAAGUCAAACCAGUGCUCCUCAAUUCGAAACUCCCUGUGGACGUUCUUGGCAGGGUUUGGGAGCUCAGUGACAUUGACCGAGAUGGCAUGCUGGACAAAGAUGAGUUUGCUGUGGUCAUGCAUUUGGUAUACAGAGCCCUGGAGUCCGAGCCAGUUCCUAUGUCUCUGCCUGCCGCUCUGAUACCGCCAUCAAAACGGAAAAAAAUAGCCACGCCUCCUGUGAUGCCCCUCCUACCAUCACCAGCACAGCAUAAAGAAAGAGGCUCCGCCCACUCGGGAUCUAAAACACUGCCAGCAAAACCUUCACCACCACAGUGGGUGGUCUCUCCAGCAGAUAAAGCCAAAUAUGAUGACUUAUUUGCAAAGACAGACAGUGACAUGGAUGGCUUGGUAUCUGGUGCUGAGGUCCGAGAUAUAUUUCUAAAGACUGGUUUGCCAUCUGCCACUUUGGCCUGCAUUUGGGAGCUUUGUGAUAUAGGAGACGUUGGGAAACUGACCCAAGAUCAGUUUGCAUUAGCUCUAUAUCUAAUCAAUCAGAAGCUGUCAAAGGGAAUAGACCCACCCCAGACACUCUCUCCAGAAAUGAUCCCUCCUUCAUAUACACUCACAACACAGAACAAUGCUGUCGCAUUACAGGCUGCUGAUUUCUCCGCAAUUAAAGAGUUGGACUCGCUCACUAAUGAAAUCAUGGACCUACAGAGGGAGAAGAGCGUGGUGGAACAGGACAUCAAAGAGAGGGAGGAAACUAUACGACAGAGGAACAGUGAAGUCCAGGACCUGCAGGAGGAGGUUCAGAAGGGCUCGGAGGAGCUGAGCCGUCUGCAGGCAGAUCGACAGGAGGUGCAGGAGAAGCUGGAGAGGCUGGACGAGCAGAAGCGCUCUCUAGAGGAGCAGCUCGGUCUCAUACAGCAACAGUGCAGCCAGCAAAGCCAGCUGAUCCAGUCAAUGCAGGUGGAGCACUCCGAGCAGGAGCAGAGAAUUGGUGACUAUCAUCAACAGUUAAACAAAGCCCAAUAAGAACUCAUCCACCAACAACACUAAACUCGUCAAAAACCAGAAAAAGUUCAUUCUGCCCGUGCUCAACUCUGCCCCCUUGAGGAUGCUGUUAAAGAGUCCCACACACAGAUAGCUCAGGAACAGAAACGAUUGGCCGAGCUUAAAAUGGAGGAGAGAGAAGUGACUGCAAGGCUUACUUGGAAAAUCCUGGAGGAGCCUGUGCUCGUCAAUGGAACAGCGCCCUCCUCUGAGCAGCCGGUGCAACUGCAGUGGCCUCAACCUGCAGCACAGCCGCCAGAGAAACCCAAAGAGGACAAAGACCAAAAUGAAGAGGAGCAGUCAUCCAUGGGUGAGCCACAGGAGCUCAGAGUCACAGAGGAGCAGCCCGGGUCAGAGGAGCAGGAGCCUAAAGCUGACUUUUAUAGCGCUGACCUUUACAGCAGUGGGUUAUCCACUGCCAGCCCCACUACUGUGGCCUGGCCUCAGGGGAACACGGAAAGCACAACACAAGCUAACCCAGAGCCAGAGGUAGAGGAGGAGAAGGAAAAGGCAGAGGACCAGCCUGCUGCCAGCACCCCAAAGCUGGAAACUGUGGAACAAGAGAAGAAGGAAGCUGCCCAGGCAGUUACAUUGCCACCCACUAACCCACCAAGUGGUCCUGGCCUUGACUUCUUCCAUUCUGACCCUUUCACUGACAGUGAUCCAUUCACUGUAGACCCUUUCUCAAAAGUUGACAUUUCAGAUCCUUUUGGUCAUGACCCUUUUAAAGGCACAGACCCAUUUGCUGCAGACAACUUUUUUAAGCAGCCUUCAGUUGGUUUCCCAUCAGAAGAUCCUUUUGGUUCCUCCGACCCAUUCACUGCUACUACAGGCCCAAAAGAGCCUGAUCCAUUCACAUCCAGGACCAGUAAUGCUGUCACUCCAGACCCAUUUGCUUCCGGUAGUAGUAGCAUCCAAGACACAUACCCUCUCAUACAAAAAAUUACCCCCGUAGACUCUGAUCCCUUCAGCUCGACUGGCACAGGACACGACCCAUUUGGAGGAUCAGAUAUUCCCGCAAGAGAUGGCCCAGCCGCAGCCAAUGAUCCUUUUGCUCCAGGAGGAUCUACAGUGGCCACUAACUCAGACCCAGAUCCCUUUGCUGCAGUAUUUGGCAAUGAGACCUUUGGAGGAGGUUUUGCAGACUUCAGCAGCUUAGCAAAGUCUAAUGACAGCGAUCCAUUUGACUCAAGUACAAACAAGAAUUUAUAUAAGGAGGACACUCAGUCAGAUGUUCCUCCAGCAUUACCUCCCAAAACCGGAACACCCACCAGACCUCCACCUCCACCCCCAGGUAAACGGUCCAACAUCGACCGAUCGGAGUCGUCUGAAUCAUUUCAGAGGCCUGGUCUGUUCAAGGCUCAGGGCUCUGGAGAGUUCCCCUCCCUUCCUGCUAAAGACUCGGUACCAGACCCCUUCGCCCCUUCCUCACCCCACCAAGCCCCAUGCGACCCCAACCGAUUCACCAGCUUUGACAAAUACCCCACAGAGGAGGACAUGAUAGAGUGGGCGAAGCGGGAGAGUGAAAGAGAAGAGAGGGAGCGCAUGGCUCGUCUGACUCAGCAGGAGCAGGAGGAUCUCGAGCUGGCUAUAGCCCUCAGCAAAUCCGAGCUGUCCUGACCCAAGCUGGAUACAGCACCACCACCACCCGAGCCACGUUAACAAGGAGGAGGAAUAGGAAGAGGGGAAGGCUGGAACCACCUGAAUAAGAAGAAUCCUUCCACCUGCAUCUCCAGCCACUUGAUAAUCAUCUAGGUUUUCCAGCUUCCUCUGAAUGUCCACUGAGUUCUCCCGGUGUCUGGUUGGCUGGAUAAUGUAUGAAGGCCAAGUCAAGAUGGAGUUAAAGGUAACAGACUCAUAUGGCUUGAAACCUCUGGUGUGACUACCUUUGUUUUUAAAUAACCUCAAAUCAAGGGAGCUCCACUAAUCUGCCGCUUUAUGAUGUCCAGUUCAAUGUAAUUGAACGAGUUUUUCUGAACAAAUCUAUACCUAUCUAUUUGAAGUUUAUUUUAGAGUGAUUAUAAUAAGGUUACCAGUGCAGUAAAUGUAUUUAGAUCUGUGACAUGGAGGCUUAAAGAAAAAUCCAUAACAAGUGUUCCAAGGUUCGUUCUCUUCCUUUUUUGGGCAAUAUUAACACAUUUGUUCAAUGUUUACAAGCAGCCAAACUGGGCAGCUUCUUUCGCUUUUCAAAGUUUCAGCAAUAGCUCAUUCACACAAGAGGUUUUUAUUGUGGGCAUGACUGUCCACUCUCAGGAACGUAUCCCACAAGCCAUAAAACCUCAUAACCGCGACCUGAUCAGUGGAUUUCAGCUAUAAUUGAAGCUGAGGUGCUUGUAACAUUAUCAGCUUACAUAAACCACUACUGCAACUGAAUUUCUACCCAGCUAAAAGAGAACACUGAUCAACUUUAGAAAAAAUAAAAAAACAUGCAAACGCCAUUUUACCUUUAUAAUCUUAACAGUACAGCAUUUAUACUUUACUCAUUCUGUCCUUUUGAAGAAUCGUAAUCUUGACAAACUACUAAUAUUUGACAUUGCAAAUUUAUAAAUAGCUGUUAUAAAUAAUGAAAAUGUACAUAUUUGUGAAUUGUGUGCCAGUAAUCUUGUACUACGGUGUAUUCAUACCUUAAAACAUAUUGUAUUUUAUCAAAAAAAAACAUGUAGAAUAUAGAAAGCCUGCUUAAUAAAAAUGACCCUUCUGUCUUAUUCCUAAUGACAAGUGCCGAAGCAAUAGGAUCAAAGGUGAUUUAAAAAAUGUGGAGCAAGUCUUGUUAACGGAGUUUCACAAAACUCAUUUUAUGAGUACGUUUAAAUAUAUAUAUAUAUAUAUAUAUAUAUAUAUAUAUAUAUAUAUAUAUAGUGCCUACCUAUUCAGCCUUGCCUUGGAGAGAGAAAAUCAGAUUGAGGUGAAUCAAAUAUGAUCAUUUGUUAAUCAUUUAAUAGCAUUAUUCUUCUCAAAAGCACCCUUAAUGCUCCAGUGCAAUGUUUCCAAUGUCAAUUAGGAUAUAAGAAUCAGCUGCUCUUUUAUUCAUCUACAACAACAAUCUC